UAAUCCGACGGCCGGCCGACGGUAUCGCACGCUGACGCGAGACGGCCGGGUCCCGAGCGAGGACGUUGUCACGUCGUUCUUUUUCUGGUAAAGCUGGGGGCCGCGUUUCUAACCUGAGUUUCUAAAUUCUGUCAUGGACCCGGGUCUGGACGCUAGGCAGGGCGAGGGGGGCACCUACGAAUCUCGUCCUCUCUUUUUGACAGCUAAAAAUACGGUUUUUGACGGUGCCACCGCAACGUUGAACACCUUGACUAUUUCGGACGCGACACGGCGUGCGCGGAUCCUCGAUCGUUUACGUCUAUUCAUGUGAUAAAAUGCGCGCCUUUUCGCUUAUCGCUGCAUCAUGCGUUUCGCUGUGCGUUGCGAUUAAAUAGUUGUUUGUAUUGGCUGAUUGAAACUUCCAUACCGAGUGGAAGCUGCCAGUGUUUUAUUGUUAUGCAUUCUUGCGACCCGUCUGCAUUCGACUUAAAUGGUAGCGCGAGGAGUUGAUCGGCGAUGAAUUUUAAUACACGCUCGAAACGGGAAACACUACGCUACGAAUUCUGUACGUUAAUUAUGUAUAGAUAUCGUUGCUGAUACGAUAACUUGUAAAAAAGAUACGUACAUACAUGUAAAUGGUUUUCCGCGUUUUUUUCCGUAAUAUUACGUUGCAAACAAGUGAAAUGAAAAUGUUCGCGAGAUUGUAACUGCAAAUGUGAAACGUUCAUUAACUAUAAAUAAAAGAUAUAUGCAACAUGUCACAUCAUUUUGUCACAGUUUGUGUAGUUUGUGUAUUAUGUGCUGCUCAUACACCGUGUUCAGCACACGCUGAAUUCUCGACAAACGGACAGACAACUAGCUUUUCUAUUAAUCCUGAAAAACUGCCAGAUUCAAACGAACAAUUACAACCAUCCUGGUUACUAAUCAAAUUCAAAGAAACACUGGAGAAGGAUGGGAGGAAAUCCCAGUCGGAUAACAUAGGCCCGGAAAAUAAUGGUGCUGUCAAGCUUUCUAAUGUGUUAGAUAAUAGUUUAAAGAGAACUACUUUGUUGAAGCCGGUCAUUACGGACGAUGUUCAUCUCAAUGAAACAAAGUCAGAAAAUGUAAAGCACGAUGUCCAAGAUGACGAUAAGCCAUUAGCAGAGGAAGAAUCUAUUAUUUUGAAGAACAGGAAAGUACUAGAUAGAUUAAGCGAGCUUAAGAUUAUGUAUAAGAAUGAAUUGAGCGCAGAGGAAAUUGAAGAUGGCCAAGAAUCUCUGAAUAAGAUUAGGAUAAGGAGGGACGUAAAUGUCAUGGAUGAAAAGUAUUUCAUGAAGAAGAUCUUCGAAACAUACGGGGAUGGUACAAGCAUAACGAUGGAAGGUUUCGAAAAGCUGUUAAAGAAGCUGGGAUUGUUAAGGUUAUUAACAGAUAUGUCGGACUUAGAAAAUCAUAAUAUUGUUACUAGUCAGCAUGAAAAACCGUUGGACAAGACGAAAAGCUUGCAAAAUAAUGGCCUACCAGAAUACGAAAAUGGUGUCAAGAAAGAACGGUGCUUAAGCAGUAAGGAAUUGUUAACGACCGUUGCGAGAGACUUGCCAUAUAAUUCGAUCUCUAAUGGGAAUUCGACAUUACCCAGUUGGGUCUUCGAUCGCGUAUGCCCGGCGCUCGUUUAUCAAUUAGCAGGUGAAUCGAGCUCAGAGAGAAACGGGUGCAUUCGCGUGCCAGAAAAUUACAAGCCAAUAACGAUUACCAAGUAUCAUGCCGAAGAUAUUACUCGUAACAUGAUCCAAGUAUGGGCCUAUUCAACGAUCAGUAUUCUCAUAAUUAGUCUAUGUGGUUUACUCGGGGUAGCAGUGAUACCCUGUAUGGGUAAGGUUUAUUAUCAUCAAUUACUGCAGUUCCUAGUCGCUCUUGCCGUAGGAACGUUAUGCGGUGAUGCCCUUAUACACCUUUUACCACACGCUAUGACGUCGAACGAUCAUGAUCAUGAUCAUGAUCACGGCGAAAGCGAGCACACCGAAUUAGAUCAUAGAGAACAACAUAAUAUUAAUAUGUGGAAAGGAGUAGUUGCAAUGAUGGGUCUUGUAUUAUUUUUCUUUACGGAGAAAGCUUUAACGGUGUUAGCCGAAUGGAGAAAAAUCCGGCAACGACGUAACAAGCUUCCGUCGCGCGUUAGAGUAAUGAGAGAAACGGAUGGACCAAAUAGUAAUGUCGUGGGAGAGAAACUUUGCAAACACAAAUAUUCGUCGUAUCCAUACUGUUAUGGAGAAAUCAACGCAGACGUCCAAGAUAAUCAUCAUAAUCGUCAGCAUAACAAUCACGAAAGGCCUCCUGUGAUCGAAGAAGAGAAACCGUUGACGUCAAAUUGUCAUUCGGUUUCCAAGAUUAUGACGAACGAUGUAGAAAAGAAAUCGAACGAAGACUGGAGGCUCGACGACUCGAUUGUGAAUACGAAGAAAAAUGCGGAUGGUGCCGAUAUACCAUUGAACGAAGCCGAGAGUUAUACCGUGAUCAUACGUGAACACGAAACGAAGCAUCACGGCCAUACCCAUUCUCAUGGUCAUGUUCAUUCUGCGCCCGAGUCCAUGUCAAGCGUCGCUUGGAUGGUGAUAAUGGGCGAUGGUUUGCACAACUUUACGGAUGGCAUGGCUAUAGGUGCUGCUUUUUCAGCGAAUAUAGCGGGUGGCUUUUCCACCGCAAUAGCUGUAUUUUGCCACGAAUUACCUCAUGAAAUAGGAGAUUUCGCGGUUUUGUUGAAAGCCGGUAUGAGCGCUAAACAAGCAGUUUUUUAUAAUCUGUUAUCUUCUGUACUAUGUUUCUUCGGUAUGAUAUUUGGUGUACUACUAGGGAGUACUCCGGCAAUAAGCAGUUGGCUGUUUGCAGCUGCCGCAGGGAUGUUUAUAUAUAUAGCAUUAGUCGAUAUGAUUCCAGAAUUAACUUCGAGUCAUUCUGUCGAGCGUAGCUCUCACUGGCAGUGUAUUUUACAAGGGUUGGGGCUGUCGUGUGGCCUUGGAAUUAUGUUAGUUAUAGCGCUCUACGAACACGAUCUUAAGAAUAUAUUCAGUGAUUAAACUUACAAAGACUGACGAUUUUUUGAACGACGGUAAGCUUGCAGUACUUCCUAUAUAGAUAUAUAUAUAUAUAUAUAUAUAUAUAUUUACAGUCAAGAUCCGGAUCAAUAAAACUUUGACUGUGCAUUCUUACCGAAAUAAUAUUCACUGUUAUUAUGAUGUAAACGAUUUGCUUUUCCUUGUUCGUACUGUUUAUUGUAAGGUUCUCAUCGGUAAUCAUAUAGUUUGUUGUUAAAAGGAACUUGAAGAAGGUACUACGAUGCAAUAAAUGUUUUACGAUGUUAAGGGUAGAUAUUCCGUGCACAAGAGUAAAUGAUGAUGACGAUUCGAAAAGAAAUUAGAUAAUUCAAGUACAACGACAAUAUUUCGAGUAUGCUUAUUGAAGAAAAAGGAGAGAUUACGUUCUUUGAACAAGAUUAAAACAAUUGGGAUUUGAAUUCAGAUUUGAAUAUUUUGCAAUUCGAUUGUUAGGUAUCGAUAUAUCAGUGCCCAAGUUUAAUUGUGAUAUAUUUAAGAGCAUCAAUCUUUAUUUUGAUAUACAAUAAUUUAGAUAAAUACUGCUUGAAAUAAAUACUUUAUAAUUGAAUCGGUGUAACGUGUAAUUUUAUCACAAAUGUAUUAUUGAACUUGAUGAAGUGCUCUGUAUGCUUUAGGGUAAUUUUAAACUAAACUGGAUAUACGUUAGGCGAAUUGUAAGAUCAAAAGCUGGUAUCGAGUCAAUAUCGAAUUAAAACAAACGAGACUUUUAUCAAUCAUACAAAUGCAUUUUAGUUUCGUUUCAUGAAACUUUGGUGCUUAUUUCUUUCAACUUAUUUUAUAAUAAUCAUUUUGCAUUUUAGCACAAAGUCUUAAAUAGUUAAAUGAUAUACUAUAAAGAAAGUACAUACAUAUAUAUAUAUAAAAGUUUGUGUUUGAGUUACUAACAAGCUACCAAAUAAGAUGAUAAUGCCACAGCAUAUUCUAGUUUCUGUAAGUAUAGAUGCGCUUGUGCAUAAAAUAAUUUUACUAAAUAUAGAUUCAGAGGCGACAGAACAUUUUUAUUGAUUGGAUAUAUGAUAAAGAAACUAUUUAGUUUACUCUUACACUGCCACAGUAAUUACCAAUUUCCUAAUUGGUGUUACUAUCGUAUGUACAUAUCUGCAUGUCGUAAGAUAAUGAUUAACGUUUAGCUUUGCUUAAAUAAAAAAUGGGAGUCAGAUGAAGAGAAUUUCGUUGCUGAAAAAUGUUUUACAAAAUUUAUUCGAUGUUGUACUAUUUUACUUACUGCAUUUAUUAUGGUACACUGCUCUGAGGCACUUUCACAUGUGUGUACUAUGCACUUUUCUAUCACUUAAAAGAUAUACUGUUUAGGCUACCACACUAUUAUGGUAAGAACCUCAUCUCUACUUAUUGUAAGUUACUUACGGUAUUUAUUUUAUUUGUAUGUUAAAUAAUUAAUGUCACCAUCAAUAAUAAUGUAUUUUUUUACAGAAAAAAUGUAAAAAUUGAAAAAAAGCGUUAUAUUCUUGUAAGCGAGAUACUUUCUUAAAUUACAUCUUGCAUUGAUACUAAUGUAUUUGACUAAAUGAUUUGUGCUCUUUGUAAAGAUUUCAGAUGCUAAGUACAAACGUUAGUUUCUUUAUAACCCAUUCCCACGUUAUUGUGACCCGAUAAGUUUCAGUCGUCGCUUUCCUAAUUUUCGUGAAUCUAUUCUAAUUUGAAAUGUCGAGAAAUAAAACAAGCAAAUAAGAA